AGCCGCUACCCGCCGUACUUCCGAACAUCCACACAUCCAAUUCUCACUCCUACGAAUAGAUUCUGUUUCCAGAAGUUUUCUUGAUGAUGGUUGAUAAUGAAGACGAAGGAGAGCCUUUCUGGAAGCUGAAUCAAAGCCAUUCUCAUCGUCAUUAUCGCCGUCAAUAGCUGCUGGGGGCGGCCGCAUGAAGAGUCAUGCAGAGCGGCUACAGCUCGUACAUUAUUUCCAGACCGAGUUGUUGAAACAGCAGGAACUGCAACCAUGGGUGUGGUCAUCGUCCCACAGCCGCUGUCUUCUUCUUCUUCUUCUUCGCCGGCAACCCUCAGCCGCUCCCCUCUACUUCUUCGCCAAUCUCGCUCUCAUUGUUCGUCGGCUUGGCCGGCGUCGUCCCCCGUGCCUCAUCGGUUAUCUUCUCGUCGAUGUUUGAGUUCCCAAUUUAUCUCACCCAGGCUUGGAACUUUUAAUUCUAGAUGUUCAAUUUCAAGAACUGAAGUCUUCAAUCACAUAGAUACUGUUGAGGAAGUUCAGGAAGAAUCUCCAGAUGCUGCUUCAAAUUAUUCAGUCCCAAUUGUUCAUAUCAAAUCUGAUAUCCUAAAGACUGAAUCAUUGAGUUUGCUGGCUGAAGACACUUAUGCUGACACUAUUUUGACUACGUUGCCAGUCUUAUCAGAGGAUGAGCAGAAAAUCCUUGCUGCAACUCCUGCCCAUCCAGCAGGACUAUUUGCAUUGUAUGCUAGUUGCAUAGCUGGCAACCUGGUGGAACAGCUCUGGAAUUUUGCCUCGCCUGCUGCCAUUGCCUUGCUUCAUCCAAGCCUUCUUCCAGUGGUGGUCAUGGGUUUCUUCACUAAGCUUGCAGUAAUUGUUGGAGGCCCCUUGAUUGGUAAACUUAUGGAUCAUUUCCCCAGAGUACCUGCAUAUAAUUGUUUAACAAUUGUCCAGGCAGCUGCUCAGCUAUUAUCAGUUGGAAUGAUAAUUAAUGCCCACACCAUUCAUCCCUCAUCUAUAUCAUCAAUCGUUCACUGUCCAUGGUUCGCUAUACUAGUAUUUGCUGGGGCUAUUGAGAGGCUGUCUGGAUUGGCUCUAGGUGUUGCAAUGGAGCGUGAUUGGAUUGUGCUAUUAGCAGGAACAAAUCGGCACAUUGCUCUUUCACGGGCAAAUGCUGUUCUUAGUCAAAUUGAUCUACUCUGUGAGAUUGUUGGAGCAUCUUUAUUUGGUUUUCUUCUAUCCAAAUAUGAGCCUGUGACCUGCUUGAGGCUUGCUGCAGGUCUAAUGAUAUGCACACUUCCUGUUGUGGUGGUUCUCGGGUGGUUAACCAACAAGCUUUCUGCUGGGGUUCUUGACCGUCCUAAAUCUCCACAAACAUGUUGCAGAAAUUCCACAGAAAGACAUGUACUGGAUACUAAGAAUAUAGUGGAAAUGAGUGUGGAGGCUAUCAAGCAUGGGUGGAUUGAGUACAUGCAGCAGCCUGUGCUCCCUGCGAGCCUAGCCAAUGUGCUUCUUUGCUUAAAUGUUGCUCUCACUCCUGGUGGGUUGAUGACAUCAUUCUUAGCACAGCGUGGUUUAAGUCCAUCUAUCAUUGGGGCCUUUAGUGGACUAUGUGCUUUCAUGGGCAUUGCUGCGACAUUUUUGUCUGCAUUCAUGGUCAGGAGAUGUGGCAUUUUGAAGGCUGGAGCAGUAGGAUUGAUAUUACAGGCUUUGCUUCUUACCAUUGCCGUUGCAGUUUACUUUAGGGGAUUUCUUACUCAGCGGACUUCACUUCUAUUCUUCUUGUGUUUGGUUGUAUUGUCAAGAGUGGGCCACAUGUCAUAUGAUGUUGUAGGGGCACAGAUUCUUCAAACUGGGAUCCCGGCAUCCAAAGCAAAUCAGAUUGGUACAAUGGAGGUUUCUAUUGCAAGUUUGGCAGAGGCCAUAAUGUUGGGAGUUGCAAUAAUUGCAAACAAUGUUUCACAUUUUGGAUUUCUUGCUAUUCUGUCACUUCUAUCAGUAGUUGGUGCGGCGUGGUUGUUCUGUGGAUGGGUGGUCAAUCCUACAGAUGGGCAGAGAAGUCUUUUCUCCUUUAGUCUUCAUCUUGAUUCCAAUUGUGAUCUCAACAUACACAGACUGACGUAGAUCAUUUCUGCCUUCUUCAAUACCAAGAAUCACAUCGAUUAUCAAAGAAGCCCAAGGUAUACAUUGUCUAGUUCAUUUGGUCACUUGCAGUUGUUAAGUGGCAAUCAUUAAGCAUGUAACAAGUUCUGUAUUAUAUCAAGCUAGAGUGGCAAAGCCCGAAAGCGAUUAACCUUUGUCAGUUUCUCCAUGUGAGCAAUACAAUCCAUUUAUUCAUUUAUUUAUUUUUUAUUGACAAUGUCCUAAGCUAUACGCAUAUUUGAGGAUACUGUAAUUGAUUCAUUUGUUUCUUGAGAUGGUAGCAUAAGAAUCUACUUUAUCAAGGAGAAAAUAGUGACGAUGCAUAAUUAUUUAUUUGUUUAUUUGUGUUUAAUUAAUGAUGUGUUCUAACCAUAAAUAGGAUGUUAUGUUAGACCUAGAUUUAGAGCUUCAUAAAUGGUUUUGAGAAAACAGUCUUUU